AUGAAUGCUAAGGCGUUCUGGCGAGAACGCGUCAAGGCAGCAAUUGGUGCUGACCCGGCUUGCCCACGCCGGGUUGUCUCUUGCUUCGGUACCAUAGAUCCGGUGCUUUGCUUGAAGACUUCUGCAGGUUUGGACAGUGAUUUCUCCACCGCAGGUGUUUCCUAUGAAGGAGGGCUGCGCAAAGCGGCAGCUGACUACUGCCAGGCUGCCUUGCGAGUGCGGUACAUGGAUGGCAGCAAGACUAGAUUUCAAAGCUUCUGCUCCAAGGUGCCGAAGCCUUUCAUUUUGAUUGGAGCCGUAGAACACGUGAAGAAAUUGGAACGUCUCAAGGAAGCUAUGCCCAGCUCUAUGCCUGAUGUCAUUGUCCUGGACAUUUCUUUCCAAAGCGGAAAGGAUGAGGAACGCGUGGCAGAUGCAUUCACCUCGGCUUUCCCUAGCUUCCAGGUAGCUUUCCUUCGAACAUACAGUUUCGAUGCCUUUGGUUUACCAUGCUCUGGCCAACGUAUGUUACUAGCAGCCGCAGCAGCAGCCUGUUCAAAAGUGGAAGGAAUGAAUGAGUUUUGGGCGUCUUCUUUGGACGCCUGGAGCAAGCUGCCUGACUUUGGAGUCUCAAUCGAAAAGUGCCUAUUCUCUUCAGAAGAUCCCCAGCGUCUUUACGAACAGAAGCAGAGCAGAGAGGUGACGUUGAAGAGACGUGGCCCUGGCGGCUCCGAUCCAGGCGGCAAGAGAGCCAAACACGGCACAGAGAGUGUUUCGGAGACACAGCCUGCACCUGGUGCUUCAGGUCAUCCCAAAGACGAGAGAGCUGAGCUUUUCACAGGAGCUGUGUUGCACAAAUUGCUUCCAGAGGGUGCCACUACGUCGCCAAUCAAAGACACUGCCCUGCAUGAAGUUCAUGGCGCUAUUCUCGCGCACCGAUACCAACACAGUCAACACGCGAGCCGCAGCUUUCUCUUGGCGGACUCUGGUUCGAAAAAGUGGAAGGGUCACCAAGUGGUUGAGGGAAAGCUGCCAGACGUCAAGCCUUCAUCGGACGUUCUUUGCUUCAAUGGUGACGCUUGCCGUCCUUUGUGCCUGUCAGAGGUGUUGCGUUGCAAAGGCUAUAGUGGCCUGAGCUUGAACUUGCUGAGCCCGGCAGCUGCUAAAUCAGCAGUGGCCGAAGACUCCAAAAGCUUGACCUUUUCACGAUGA